AUGGGUCCCAAUCGCGAUGCCCUGACCAGCAUCCAUUCCAUCCCAACAUCCCAUCCUCCUGUCACAUCCACCCUCACCUCCCUCCCCCACGAACUCAUCUCACAAGUCAUUGGCUACUUGGACCAGUCCAGUUGUCUCGCGCUCUCCCGAGUCUCACGCAUCUUCACGUCGGCAACGGAACAAGGCAUCUGGGGGAGGCUCAAUCUCUACCUCCCUCCUUACUUCGGAACCUACCCGCUUCAUACGCCAGAGCUAGCCGGCCGAGCGGGACAGCCAGAUGUCUGGGCCACCAAGGAGCCAAGCUUGGCGGAGGAGCGGCACGAAGCUGGUCUGGCGGACAAGGUCUCCAAGAUCGUCCAGCGGGCGGAUGCCAACCCGCGCAGGUGGGCGAUGGUGGAGCAUGUCCACAUCAUCCCCCGCUCGGAGGCGAUUGAAGGGAUAGUCGAUAUCCUUGUCAAUACUACCAACCUGCAGUCUCUCGAGGUGGACUGCCCGCAGGAUAACAACUUCUUCUGGCGUCGGAGCUCGUUGGGCCCGGAUGAUCUCUUCGAACCCCUCGAUCUACACCUCCUGUCAGCGGGGCUGAGAUUCCCCUCCCUCACCCAUGUUCGACUCGGCGCAUACACCAUUCGGAACAUCGGCUUCCUCCCCCUCCUCUGCAAUUCGGCCCCACAUAUCCUCUCCCUGGAUGUCAAUAUCGACCACACGCUAUACGGGCCCGAAAUCGAGGAGGAGGAACAGCUGGGGGAUGAGGACCUGGUCUUCCCUCAGUUCAAGCGCAACACAAAGAUCGAGGUGCUGCGUAUUGCCUUGCAUGACAAUUGCGAUAGGGAGACGUCGGAGGAUGAUGACGACGAUGAGGAGUCCGAAAUCAACGACACCAUCAUAUCCUCCUUCCAACGCAUCCCUUCCGUCAAAAAGAUCUCCCUCACGUUCACCGUGCCCAAUACAAGGGAAGCCUUCUACAACAGGAUGAUGGCGUCGAUUCAGUCAUAUCGCUUUCUCGAGGAUCUCGACAUCGAGGAAUACGAUCUAAACGGAUACUUGCCUUCAAUCAACGCGCUGGCACAAAGAGAGGAUGGUACGACAGCGUUCCCGGCGCUCCGACGGCUAGGCGUGAUGUCCAGGGAGUGGCCCGAUGCGUUUGGACUUUGGAUCGCCAUUCCUAGUCUCGAGAUCAUCCUCCUCGAUUGCUUCUCCGGUGGUCCACCUUCCGGCACCCGGCGCCCUAGCAUCGACCCGGUGGUCUAUCACAUGUUCCCAACCUUUGCGGAUCAAAUUCGCUGCGCAUCCCGCCUUCGUCUCCUGUCCCUCGCUUGGGACGUGAGGAGGGCUCAUAGCGGACCCGACGGCGGUGCCAGACUCAGGCGGCUGGCCGACAUCGAAGCGCUAGGCGGUACCGACAACAUCCGAUCGUAUCGGCAAGGCGGCUCUGAGCUCCUGCACGCACAAAUCCUCAUGCACCAUCGCCAGGUGUCUGAUCUGGAAUACAUCCCCGAGAUCCCGCCGCUCCCGCGAGACUCCUCCCUACAGUACGACAGGGCGGAUGGGUCGCGGAGGGAGGUGGCGUUCGAGAGGGUGGCAGAGCCGAUGCUGCAGCACUGGACGGACUACGACGGAAAGUCCGUCCCGCUAGACAUCAUCGAGAGGAUGCGAGUAGUUGAGGGGCUCGAUCCGCAGGCCUGGUGCAGACGAGGCCUGGAGGUGGGGGAGGCGGCUUUGAAGGUGUUGACAGACUAUUUGGAGGGGGAGUAA